UAUAAUGGAGUUUGGUUACACAACUGUGACUUUCAUUGUUUUAAUAAUAUGUAUUACUUUUAGAUCAGUUAUAAGUGUAAAAUGUUCUGACAAAUUAGCACCACCUAAACCAGUGUACAGUAAUUUAUAUCAACAAAAUAUUACGCUCGAAUUAGAUGCGAUGUAUGAUUCAAUUCGAUUUGAAAUUCAAUUUACUGACGAAAUUAAAUUUUUACAGAGCCCAUGGGGUAUAGUUAACUCAACUGAUUCCAAAACAUUUCAGUUAGAUAUUUAUAGUAAUUAUCUAAGUAUUAUAAUAUCGAAUUCGGCAACAUAUAUCCCAAUAUUUCUACGAUAUAAUAACGAAAAUAUACAUCCUGAAAUUAAAAGGCUUAUUCUAAAUGGAAAAAUAUUGUGUUCAGACAAUGAUGAUUUAGUUGAAAAUGGGAGCUCCGAAGAGGGAACAUAUUGGAGCCUGCCAUUUUUUAUUUAUCCUCCCAUACCUCAAUUAGCGGGAAAGAAAAAUUUAUCAUACGAUGACAUACCAAAUGAGCCGAUGAAUAAUAGCAAUCCUAAUGAAGAUUCCGAUGAAAAACACAAUUCGUCUGAGCAUAAGUUAUCAUCGGAAAAUCAUUCCAUUUAUAUUCGAUACGAAGACUCGGAUGAACAAGAGGGACCAUCUAAAGAAAAUCCAUUGUCGAAAGAAAACUCAGACUAUAGACGUUUUGAAAAUUUUGAUGAAAAAGAUGAAUCGGUUGAACAAAAUCCAUCAGAGAAAGAACACAUUAUCUAUAGUCGUUACGAAGAUCCUGAUGAAAAAGAGGAAUCAUCAAAAGAAAACUCAUUUUCUAAAGAAAAGCUUGUCGCAAGAGGUUAUGAAGAUCCUGAUGAAAAAGAUAAUUUGUUCGAGCAAGCGUCACCUGAGAAAGAACACUUCAUCUAUAGUCGUUACGAAGACCCCGAUAAACAAGAGAAGUCUACUACACAAAUUCCAUUAUCGGAAGAAAAUUCUGUCGACAGACGCAACGAAGAUCCUGACGCAAAAGAGGAAUCGUUCAAACAAACGCCACCAGAGAAAGAAAACUUCAUCUUUAGUCGUUACGAAGAUCCUGAUGAACAAGAGUGAUCUUCCGAAUAAAAGUCAACGAAGAAAGAACAUUGAAUGGA